UUCGGAACUUUCCUUGCAUCAGACAAGAAACGCAAUUUGCCGGUGUCCUUGCACGUUUGACUGUUUUCUCAGGAACACUACAAUCAAAAUGGGUGGCUUGUCGAAGAUAAUGGAGGACCUGCCCGAAGGUUACGGCUACGUGAUUCUGACUGGAGUGGGCAGCACCUUUGUCAACAUGUGGAUGGCCAUGAAUGUUGCAAAGGCUCGCAAACAGUAUGAAGUAUCUUACCCAAACAUGUACUCUGACAACAAAAUAUUCAACUGCAUCCAGAGAGCUCACCAGAACACACUGGAAGGAUACCCUACAUUCCUGAUGUUGCUUUUUGUUGGAGGUCUACAGUAUCCUCUUACAUCAGCAGGAGCAGGAACAAUUUAUCAGAUUGGCAGAAUAGCAUUUGCAAAGGGAUACAGCACUGGAGAACCGGAGAAGAGACGAUGGGGAACAUUUGGGUACAUUGGUUUACUGACCAUGCUAGGCUGCUCUGUUGGUGUGGCAGUGAGACAACUAAAACUGAUUUAAAUUGUGAUGAUUUUUGAGAGGAAUUGAGCUCUGGAUGUUUGGUGUCAAUUAGCAGCUGACAUUUUUUGUUUAUUUUGGUGCAGUAUUUCUCUAUGUGUUUUAAUUGAAAUAGGAUAUUGUAUGUUUAUGUAAUAUUUGUACUAUUAGGUAAUGACAUUAUAAGUAUUCAUAAUAUUUCAGUAAAUUGUGUGAUUUGACUGCUUGAAUGACUUUAAGAAAUUAAUUGGGUUUAUUUUUUGGAAAAUGAUCAUGUACAGAAUUCCACUUUUACAUACUGUACUUAUUAAAAUAGAAGAAAUGUAUAUUUCAAUAUUUACUGCUACCUGUUUAGAUAAAAGUAAAACUAAAUAUACAGUGUAGUCUAUAUUAUGUUUUUAUCACAACUGCUGGUAGAGCUCCCCAUGGCUAUAUAUCCUCAUACAACCUCGAUGUCACGGCCACAAUAGAAGGUCAAACACUAAUAAUAUGAUGGAAAUGUCCGCCUUUCCUUUGAGCAUUUAUUAUUUUUUUGUGCCAAUUUAACUUUAGUAACCUUGUAGUAAUGUAGUUUCACAUCAUUUAUGCUGGUGGUAAUACCGUCCAUAUAUUUCAUAUAUACAAUUUCAUUACAAUUUAGGUAGACACAUGCAGUGUCUGUUGAUUUAUACCAUGUCAUUUUGGCUUUGAUUGGAAGUGUCAUAACAAAAAUGAAUAGCUUAUCGUAAUUUUAUUUUUAAUUUACCAGACCUGAUGAAAAAAAGUUCCUUUAAAUAAGAGAAAUAAUGAUAAUAAUAAAAAAAAGCACAAAGCAAAGCAUAAUAGCAGCAUACAUGUACAAAAACAUGUAUGCAUUUUCUCUGCAUUUAAAAUGUAAUGGUCAUUCAUUCCAAACAUAAGAUUGCUUUCAUUAGAAAAUUUGAACUUUUCUCAAACUUGAUUGGUUUUUAAACAAAAUGUCUUUAUCUUGAUUGACUGGUGUUCCCUAGCUUGUAUUUAAUUAUGUUAAACAUGUUAAUACCAAGGUUAGAGAUCAAAUUAUGUAGUGCUAUACCAUUGUGAAUACAUUUAUAUCAUUUAUAUCAAUUUAGCUGCAGAUUAGUAAUAAGUCCUUGGAUAUGACCCAGUUAUUGUGAAUGACUACAUACAUGUAUAUUGAGAUUUGACAGAAAGUCAGAGUACUUAAUCAAAUAUACAGCACCUAGUGAUUAUGAUGUACAGAAUAGAUUUGUGUGUAACUGAUUAAAUGCAUGUUUUCAAAGAAGAAAACAUUCAAAUAGA